AUGGUGUCUCUCUAUUGGAAAAUUAUGGUAGCUGCCGCCUUCCAUGGCCUGCUCGAUGAGUGGGCCACAAAAACCACUGCCUUAACGACUAUUUCUUCUUUACGGCGAGCCUUGCAAGCUAUGGACCGCUUACAAGAGGCUUCCUCUCUACUACAAUUUGAGAUUCAGCUUAUUAAAACCCCAGAGGAUGCGAUACAGCGGCUUCAGGACUUUUUGGAUACACUGCAUAGCGAUAAAUGGGAUACAGAGAGAGCUCUCACCCUGGCUGAGAUCUUCAAAUUUCAGCUACAAUCUUUUGAUCAUACGAUUCUCGCAAAGGCCGAAGAUACGUUUAAAGAAGCACGAAAACUGUUCAACAAAGUUUCCCAUACUUUCGGUAAUAUCGACCUGGAUUUUUCCCGAAUAUCCUUUAAUCGCACAAUUUCUGCCGAAGAAAAAUUCGUUCAAAUGAUAAGACUUGUGGAAAGAUAUUUUGAAGUUAGCCAUUAUGCGCAAAUGAUGAUGUGCCUCACAACUGCUCUCUCUGAGCCAGCUGUUGAUGCCUAUGUUGAGCAAGUCAAGCAUGCGAUAGAACUCCAACAGCAGCUAGCCGAUGAAAUGGGGAGUGAGAUGAUGCAAAACGCUGCUUUGGUCCGCGCUGCCGGCUCAGCUAAUUUAAAUGCCUCGGAAUAUGGCUUUGCGCUCAAGGCCUUGCAGCCUCAGUACACGAAUCUUCCUGAAGAGGUCGAUCCAAAGAGCCAUUCUCUUCUCGCUAUCACCAUGUCAAUGAUCUAUGGAAGUUUUGGAAGCAAUAUGGAAGCUCUUAAGGCAGCAGAAGAAAGUCUAAAGAUCGCCAAAUCUGGAAAUUCUUACAAAGCUUGCUCAGACGCUGCUUUUAUCUUGGGGCUUCGUCGCCUCGCCAUUUCCGAGCAGUACCCAAAGAAAUCCGCCGAAGACCUCAAGUGGCUAUCGUCUGCUAUGGAUAUUCUGAAAGAGUGGAUUGAAAAGGAUUCUACGAACGACUACAUUGAGGGUGAAAUCCAGAAGUGUGUGCUAGUUGGUAAAUGGGAGAAUUUGCGAAAGCCAUGGAUUGAUAGGGUGAAGAAGCUUUUACCAAGUCAAACAGACGUUCUGAAACGAAGCGAAGUUGUAGAUCUUGAAGUCAGCAUGUUGAUGCGCCAGGAGAAUUUCUCAGAGAGUUCGAAGCUAUCGACGGAUUAUCUUAACGAUCUUAAUCAACUACCUUCUGCGCCACCAAUGAUUAAAGCGCAGGCGUACUCUAGGGCGGCUCUCCAGGCAUGGCUUUCUUACAGGGCAAUACUGAGUGAAAACAAAAGCUUAUUUGCAGAAGAACGACUUCAGGCCACAACGCAACUCUGGUCCGCGCUGGACCUGGCAAAUAAAUCUCUUCAGCUAUGGCGACAAACAAGCAGUUCUGAAUUGAUCAUCCGUAGCACUCUGGCUCUUGGCAGUCUACUCUCCGACGCAAUAAUAGUGACAUCAGAAAAUAUAUCACGAGAGUUACUCAUUGGUUUUAUGGACGAAUUGCGAAAAACAGAAAUACUAUGCGACGAUAUGAGGCAGAGUGUCAUACCCAUCGAAGGAUUGACAUCCUUGAUGAAUAAAAGACUUCUGGUUGCCAAAGAUUCAAGCCUCAAGAUAUACAAUUUAGGAGUCCGCAUAAGCUUACAUCUUAAAGACCCGACGGAAGCUUGGACAUGGCUACAAAAAGGAAAGUCCAGAGCAUUCUCAGACUCACUCGGAGCAAAGCAAUUGGUUCCCAAAGAGCUACUGCAGAGAAUCAAUAGCGAUCAAACGGCCUGCGAUCUUUUAAAGACAGAACAAAAAUAUUUGGACGCCCUAAAUGAGCCUGGAGUAAAUCACAUACUUUUAGCGCGAGAACUUGCUUCGGUUAGAAAACGUAUUGAAGCGUAUCCUCCACUGGCUGAGAUUACACGAAUCAGAAAUCGGACUCUGAACCUAGAACUAGGCCCAGAGAGCGUUGAUAUAGCACUUUCUAGAACCAACCUUUCCCGACAACGAGUAAAGUUUGUUGACUGGUAUGUUCCACCAUCGACAGCAGAGGAUAAUUCACAGAUAAUAUGUUUUAUAAGAGAAUUGGACGGUAGAACACAGUCGAAGCAAUUAUCGAUGUCGAUCACUCAUGUAGAAGCAUGGAUUUCCAAAGCUUUCACUUACCCGGAUAUGGCCGAGCAUCCUCUACAUAAAAAAACAGGCAAUCGCCUGCUUCAGGAGAUGAAUUCUCUCGUCGACUGGCUGACGGAUUACACGGAGGAAGGCGAUCUUUUAGUGCUUUCUCCAUCAGGGCAACUCAAUAACAUACCAUUACAUGCCUUAUUUCUCGACAAAAGACCAUUGAUUGAGCGUAAUUUGGUAGUUUACGCAUCGAGCGCUGCAAUUCUGAGUCAGUGUUUGGACCGUUGCGCCACCGGAAGGAAUUGCGAAGAACAGAAUGCAAAAGAAACGACAGCUUUUUUUGGAGUCUAUGAAGAGCCAUUCUAUGCCGACGAGCGCAGUCUCAUAUUCAGGCACAUUGAAAAGCUAUCAACGCUUCUGCCAGGUCAAGUCUUACUCGGACCUGAAGUAACUAAAUCGGGUUUCCUUGAGAAAUCCUCCGCAGCUACAUGGUUACACUAUCACGGUCAUGCCAGCUACUGCAAAGAAGACGUUCUUCAAUCGUCCCUCAUUCUAAGCAAUGGAGAAGACAUCUUCGAGAACGGCAAUCAGGAAAACCCGCGUCUAGGAAUAGACAAACUCUCGGUUGUUGACAUGUUUAAUACCGCUAUACCACAAGGAGGCGUACAUUUCACACUCAUUGCUUGUGAAUCAGGCGCACAAGAUUUGGCUCCUGGAGACGAACCGUUAGGAAUCAUCUCAGCCCUGCUUCAUGCUGGAGCCACUUCGGUUUUAGGCUGUCAAUGGCCGAUCAAAAGCUCUGCAGGUCGUGCAUUCAGCGAAGCUUUCUACAAUGAAGUCAAGUGUAUGAGAAGCGACGCAGGAGAUGGUAGUCAGACGAUCAAUCUGGCCAGGGCCUUGAGUAUCACAGUUGGGAAGAUGCGGCGUGGUGAGCUUGGAGAACAUUACAAGCAAGCAUACUGUUGGGCUUCGUUUGCGAUACAUGGUCUGUGGCUCUUCCCAGGCUUCAAUUGUACAGUAUGA